ACAUAAUUUAAACUAUUAAUAUGGUGAAACCGGCGGCACGGAUAGUGAUCAAGUUUUUAGAAUUAUUAGGUUGUGUGGCGUGCGUUAUUACGAAGAUUAUCACCGACCAUGAGUCACGGCGUGUGUUUGUGCGAAACCAGAAGCUAUCGCGCGAAUGGAGCCUGAUACACAACAUAACCUGGAGCAGUGGAGGAAAUGCAUUUACCAACAUCGUCUACGGCGGAUACACGAUAGUCAUCGCAUUAAUGCUAGUUACAAGAUGCGUCGAUGCCAAAUCACGUCCGACCUUGUUCGAGAAGAUUGUACUAUCGCUGGGGACACUAUUGUUUUUUGCAGCAGGUGGACUGGUGUUUGCGUCGAUCGAUCAAGUCCAUCCGGAUCUGCACGACAAUGCCAUCAUACUGGGAUGUUUGUCGUUCUUUGUGGCGAUCCUGUUCGUUAUCGACCUGGCCGAUCCGUUGGCACGCAUGACAGCGCACAUGACGCAAACCGAAACAUCGGCUCUCACGGCGCUGGAUACACCUGAUAGAGCUAUGAUGAAGAAAGAUGUCUCCACCGAUACCGAACCGACGGUAUUCAUUGUUUCCAAGGCGGAUCCCAACAGUCAGCACAAUCAGCAUCAGCAAUUGCAUCACCAACAGCAACAGCUGCACCAGGAUCUGGAUCACCGGGAUCACCGAGAUCACCACGAACACCAUGACUAUCGAGAUGGAUCACCACUCAACCGAAGCGCAGAAUCCAUCGUAGAACGCAAGGUGUAUCCUUCCGCACAGGUUCCAGUAUUUGCACACGUUCGUGCGCCCGAGGAAAGCAGACGCAUUGCUGGAAAAGAAAUCAAAUAUCUCCCUCGGCAAGAUUUCCGCGAUCGGAGAAACUAUCGCGAUGCGGGACCGGCAAGCUACGCGACAAACCGUCCAUCGACGAAUCAACACAAUGGUGGCCAUCAACCGCGGCAACAACCCUCGAACGUCCCCGCUGGAAGCUACCAUGACAAUGAUUCGUUUGUCGAAGAUAUUCAACCGUCACGCAGAAGCACCUACGUACCGGCGGACAAGUUUGAUCAGGAAGCGAUGCAGAUGAGCAGUGCACCGUCGAAUCACCAUCGGAUGAGACCACCACCACCGGCGAAGCCCCUAAAUAUUAUUCGUACGAACUUUGGUUCAAACCAUAGCUCACCGAGCGAGUCGCAUCAUAGCGCGGAGUGCCGAUGUUCACAGCGUAGCACCAGCACGAGAAGGAUGGAAGAUUCUGGGCGAGAUGAGUUUGAUUCUCCACCCAUUCGGCCCGGGUUUGUGGCUAACGCGGCCAAAAAGUGGGAUGAUCGGGCACGCAGCAAAAGUCAACCUAUUGUCGGGUUGAAUACUAUGGUGUGAGAAUCCG